AUGAACAAUUUGACUAAAGUCAUAUUCAAUGGAGAUUUUGAUGAAUCUUCAUCAUCCGAUGAUGAUAUCAUCAUAAUGCAACUGUUCACAGCGCAACAACAAAAAAUACAGACAUUAAGCUUAAACCAACCAGCCAGACAUGUUGGUCCCACAAGUGGUCGUCGAUACAUUAAUUGUGAAAGGGACAAAGGCGACGAACAAAUUUAUAUAGAUUAUUUUGUAGAUAAUCCUGUCUAUCCAGAAGAAUACUUCCGAAGAUGUUUUCGAAUGAGGCGGUCAUUGUUUGUUAGUAUGUUACAUGAUAUUCAACAAAUGAAUAAGUACUUUAUCCAAACUCGUGAUGCCACUGGUGAUCUUGGAUUAUCCGGUGUACAGAAGAUGAUUGUAGCACUUUGGAUCCUGCAGUACGGCACGCCUGCUGAUGCUGUAGACGAGUACAUUAGAAUCGGCGAAAAUAUCGCUAGAUUAUUGCAAGAGGGAGAGCAACGCGGAAUGUUAGGGAGUUUGGAUUGUAUACACUGGCGUUGGGAUAAAUGUCCAACUGUCCAAGCCGGUGCUUACACUGGACACUACCACAAACCAACAGUUGUACUUGAGGUAGUUGCCGCCUAUGACUUGUGGAUUUGGCAUGCUUUCUUUGGCAUGCCUAGCUCUCUAAAUGAUAUUACUGUUCUUGACAGGUCGCCGUUAUUUGCUGAAUUAACUAGAGGACGUGCCCCUGCUACCAACUACACCAUCAAUAAUCACGCGUACACCAUGGGGUAUUAUCUUGCAGAUGGUAUCUAUCCUCGUUGGGCAACGAUUGUGAAAACAAUAUCUCAGCCUCAAGGUGCAAAGAGACAACUAUUUGUGAGGAUGCAGGAGGCAUGUCGGAAGGAUGUCGAAAUGGCAUUUGGAGUGCUCCAAGCACGAUUUAAUAUUGUCAGAGUUCCAGCUAGAGGUUGGAGUGAUGAGGAUCUGUACUACAUCAUGAAGAUGUGCAUUAUUUUGCACAAUAUGAUCAUUGAAGAUGAGUGUGAUAUUCCAGAAAAUGAACGCAGUGCAGCACAACUUGAGACUAAUACCAGUAAUACCUGUUGUCAAGUGUCACGCGAUCCGAAAGAGGAGUAUGCUCAAUUUAUGUUGAAUCGGCAGAGGAUUAGAUCUAUUGAAGCCCAUAACGCAAUUUGUAAUGAUCUAAUUGAAGACUUGUGGUCCCGAGCUGGAGAGUUAUUUUGUAUUUUAUCUUUUUAA